CUCGAAGGGUCUAUAAGUAUGCAAAAGAGACCUCGUUAUGCUCUCAAUCUUGCAGUGCUCCUCUACCACACUCUCCGUGGGAGCUCUUCGCCACUGUCGCCUCUUCUUUCUGUGGAUGUUGGAUCCGGUUCUUCGCGGCUUUGACGCCGUCAUUACCCAGUGAGCACACCGCGGUCACUUUGCUUGUCUUCGUCUUCUUUGGCUACCUUCUCCUGUGUUUAGAUUUAGAUUUGAGGCAGAAUUGGUGUGCAUAAAAAGGGAAUCAGGGUUAAUUGUGAUGGUGGACGAGAGGUCCAGGGAUUGGGAGUAUAAGAUGAGCUUUAUGGCAGCGACGGAAGCGGAGGAGGAAGCGGGUGCGGCAGCGGCGGAGAUCCACUUGCCGGCGGAGGUGGACUGGGAGAUGCUCGACAAGUGGCGGUUUUUCGUCAUGGGCGCGGCCCUCUUCUCUGGUGUGUCCGCCACCCUGUACCCGGCGGUGGUCCUCAAGACGCGGCUCCAGGUCGCGCAGCCGCCGUCGCCGUGCCUCCGCGCCGCGGCGAACAUACUCCGCCAUGAGGGCCUCCGGGGGUUCUACCGCGGCUUUGCUACCUCGCUCGCCGGUACCAUCCCCGCGCGGGCCCUCUACAUGGGUGCGCUCGAAGCCACGAAGAGCGCCGUCGGUGCUGCCACUCUCCGCCUCGGCGUGCCCGAGACCGCCGCCUCGGUUGCCGCCUCCGCCGCCGCCGGGCUCAGCGCGGCUGUCGCCGCACAGGUCGUCUGGACCCCCAUCGACGUGGUCAGCCAACGCCUCAUGGUGCAGGGUUCCGCCGCAGCCGCUGCCAAGUACCGCGGUGGGGUCGACGCCUUCAAGAAGAUCCUCUACUCCGACGGCAUCCGCGGCCUCUACCGAGGGUUCGGGAUGUCGAUCCUCACCUAUGCGCCAUCCAAUGCAGUGUGGUGGGCGUCCUACUCCCUCUCUCAGAGGCUAAUCUGGGGCUGCAUCGGCUACCACAUGGGCGGCGGCGGUGAAUUAAAGCCGGGACACGGGACAGUGGUGGCGGUGCAGGGCGUGAGCGCGGCGGUGGCGGGGGGAACGUCGGCGGUCGUGACGAUGCCGCUGGACACGAUCAAGACGAGGAUGCAGGUGUUGGACGACGGCGGCGAUCGGAUGACGAUCGGCAGAACAGUGAGGAGCCUCAUAAAGGAAGGGGGUUGGCGGGCGUGCUACCGAGGGCUGGGGCCAAGGUGGGCUUCAACAUCACUGUCCGCCACCACCAUGAUCACCACCUACGAGUUCUUGAAGAGGCUUUCAGCCAAAGACGGCUCUUUUCCAGGACUAGGAAGUGGAGGUUGCUGUUAAAAAGUUUCUCUGAGAUGGUGAGAUUAUAGUUUUGAAGUGGCAAGUGGAUUGAUGGAGAGUAAUUCUUGGAAUUGGUCAUAGAGUCAAGAGUGCCAUGAUAGAAUGGACAUGGAGACCCAAGUGACAUGCAGUCUCUCUGUAAGAGUUUGCUGCAAGUGCUGUUUAUGUGGUGGGCCUUUUCAGGUGGGAAGUGUCCUUAAGCUUCUUCCAUACUACUAACACUAUACACUUCUGGGCUACAGUCUCUGAUACUCCAUCUUUCCCAGAUUGGCAUCGGCACAUUCUGAAUUUGAUUGAAGUGUCGGUGAAGUAAUGUGGGUGUCAGUCACUGAUUGGCUUGAGAUCUCCCACUCUGCAAACCCACCUAUGAAUCAGUGCUUAUUAAUGGUAGCCAAGGAUAGAAGCUUUACUAGUCACAGCACUGAAACAUAGUGGUAAUUAUGGGACUUGAUGACAAGAGGAAACAUAAUGAUCUAAAGAGUGGAGCAACCAGGGAAUCAUAAUGACCAGGAGACCAGAGAUAAUGUGGGUACUCAUGUGGGACCUCAAGGUCUUGUCCUUUCAUUUUUUGGAUUGGGUUUGGUGUGGUGUAGGGCCCUUGGUUGUGGGCCAGCCAAUUCCUUUUGAAAUCUAUGGGCAAGUUUGUCUAUUGCAGUGCCAAAACAGUGGCUUGGAGAUGGAUUCAUCACUCAGAAUGCUGCCCAUGGAUGAGCUCCUGGUGUUUUGGUUUUAGGAGCAAGCUUGGGUGUGUGAGUCUAGUGAUGGGUUUUAAUGUCUUGUACUGUUGCUUAAGCAUGAUAUUGAUUGCAUCA